AUGGCCUUCGUCGUGCCCACCAAGGACAUGGGAGUCCGCAAGGGGCGUGAGGUCGACCCCUGCGGUAGAAUCACAGUCGCGCAGGAGUGGUGGCAGGACAGGCAGCUCCAGACGUUCAUCAAUAAGAUGAUCGAGGUCUUCUCGCGCCAGCCGCCAGUGUACGCCAAGCCGCCUGGAACGACGACGACGCCGUCACGGCAAUCUUCCAUGUCGACACCGCCUCCGCAACAACCCGCCCCGCCCCAGCCCCCAAGAGAAGUCUUGCCGCAAUACCAGCCAAGUCACCAGCCGAGUCGGUCGGGAUCGAUGGACCCGGGUUCGCCGCCAGUGCCGCCGAGACCGGGCCUGUCCCCGCCACCAGUGAACGCUCAGCCAACUCAGCCGGAAGGCCAUGCGCCGCCGAUCCCCAAUCGGCCGUUCCCGCAGUACCGGGCGAGCAUGUCACCACCGCCUCCGCUGAAUUUUGCCCAGCAACAGCAGCAGCAGCACUUCUCGCCGGGUCCUCAGUCGCCAGUACAUGUCCAGUCGCCCGUUCGUGCCCAGCACUCUGGACCGCCUCACCCUCCUCAGCCUCCUCAGCCUCCUCAGCCUCCUUAUCAGCAACACUAUCCACCCCAGCACCAGCAAUCCCACCACGGAUAUCAGCAUCCCCCAGUACCUCAGCAUCAGCAACCACCGUAUCCGCCUCAACAGCACCAGCAGCUGCACCAGCAGCCUCCGCAACCCCACCCGCAGGCGAGCUUGUCUGUACCCCAGCCGCGACAAGAUCUUCUUUCGUCCCCGAACAACGAAACGUCCGACCUUCCGGAGGACACGCCGCCAGCUGCACCGCCGAAGCCGCCUCCGCCCUCCUUGAUCCACCUGCAUGCGAUCCUGCAGCCGCACCUGAACGCAGCCUUGCCGGCACUGAAGCAUGACCUGGAGUCGCAGCGCCAGGCCCUCCUCGAGCGGCGGGAGGAUCUAGCCUCCGGCGAGCCAGCGAUCAGGGACGAGAUGGCGCGCCUCGAGGCGGUGAAGAAAGUGUGCGAUGUGGUUGUCGAGAAGAUGUCCGACGUCGUGCAGAAGGGCGAGGAGCGCGUCGUGGACCUCGAGCGCCGAGGCGAGGUCUCAGUUGACGAAGUCGUGUGUGGUAUCAGCAUUGCGCACAACCAACUCAUAGACCUCGUGGCCGAGGACAACGCGCUCAGCGACACGAUCUACCACCUGACACGCGCGCUCGAUGCGGAACGCCUCGACCUGGACCGAUACCUGAAGGCGGUCCGCCAGCUCGCGCGCGAGCAGUACAUGAAGCGUGCGCUGAUCGAGAAGAUCCUGAACGGCAUGGGCCAGACAUGGUAA